UUGUGUUUGACACUUAACAUCGUUUUCUUUAAUUAAUUUUCGGUAGUUUACAUUUUAGACGACUAACUUAAGGUAGAGAGCCCAAACAGAACAGACUUCGCAAGUGGCGUGUGAGAAAGGUUUUUAUUCAUACAAUUUGGGCCGCAGGUGACUGCCACUUAACAGCGGAAAGGUAAAUCUCUAACGCCGAAAAAGUAAAAACCGGUGAUUCCCAGAAUAGCGAGCCGGCAUAAAAGCGAGUGUGAUAAAGAAUUCCAUUCGAUCUGACCACGUCAGCAAAAUCAGUCAAAACGCCAUUUUGAAACAAGCCUUCUAGAGCUACGCAUCGCAAUAUUUUCGCAAUUUUGUAGGCAGAAAUUAUCAAUUAUUUUUUUAAAAUAUGACCGACACCAGUAACCUUGACGCUGCAGAAAUAAAGCCCCGCGACUACCAACUGCGCAUCGUGGAUUAUAUUACCAAGCACAAUGGUAUUAUCUACUUACCCACAGGCUCCGGGAAAACCUAUGUGGCUAUCCUGGCCCUCAAGCGCUUUUCCAAAGAUAUGGACAAGGCCGUCGAAAAUGGGGGAAAGCGGGCACUGUUUAUUUGCAAUACCGUGGAAUUAUCCCGGCAACAGGCGGUGGCCGUAAAGAGGUACACAAAUCUCAAAGUCGGGUUAUAUCUGGGCGAAAAUGGCGUGGACGACUGGACGCGCGGCCAAUGGACUGAUGAAAUUCGAGAUCACCAAGUUCUAGUGGGCACGGCUCAGGUUAUCUUGGACUUGUUCACCCAGCGCCACCUUAAUUUGAAUUCCAUAAGCAUCGUUAUCAUAGACGAGUGUCACCAUGGCACAGGUCAUCAUCCAUUCCAUGAGUUUAUGCGGCUAUUCCUCUGCGUUGACCGGAAUAUAGCAUUGCCGCGCGUUGUGGGGCUCACCGGAGUACUGAUUAAGGGUAAUGAGAUUAAGCAAGUGGCCAAGAAGCUCAAAGAGCUGGAGACCACAUAUCGGGGAAACAUCAUUACUGUGUCGGAUACCAUUGAGAUGGAAAAUGUGAUGCUCCACUCAACCAAGCCGAAAGAGUUUCUUCUCACAUAUCCAAAUCAAAUCCAAGUGCUUAAAGUUGUCGAGUCAAUUCGGUCGCAGAUUGAAAGAUUUUUUAAAACUCUCGAAUACAUGGACAUAGGCAUUCAACCAGUGCGCAGAUCCAAAUCAUUACAAAACCAGCGUGAUCCGCAGAAGAAGGGUACAUUGAAAACGAUGUUCAACGAUUUCCUGUUUCAGCUGCAGGAGUACGGAAUAUAUGCGGGCUCUAUAGCCAUCGUCUCGUUGACUGUUGAGUUUGAGGUAAAGAGGCGCCAGGCCGAGACGCUUAGCCUGAAACUAAUGCACAGGACGGCCAUUUCCUUGUGCGAAAGCAUCCGCCAUGCGCUGGUGCAAAAGCUACGUGACUUAUUGGAUGAUGAAGAAGAGCCCGAUGACAAGACAAACAAUGCAGAGACUAUUAUGAACUUCUCCACCCCAAAGGUUCAGCAAUUUCUGCUAUACCUGAAGAAGACUUUCGCUUAUAAGGAUCCAAAGGAUAUCUGCUGUCUGGUUUUCGUAGAACGACGCUAUACCUGCAAGUGUAUCUACGGCCUGUUGCUGAACUUCAUCGAUUCUACGCCGGAGCUACGGAAUGUGUUAACUCCUCAAUUCAUGGUGGGCCGUAACACCAUCGCGCCAGACUUUGAAAGUAUCCUGGAUCGCAAGUGGCAGAAAUCGGCUAUUCAGCAAUUCCGGGAAGGCACCGCCAAUCUGAUGAUUUGUUCAAGUGUUCUGGAAGAGGGCAUCGAUGUGCAAGCCUGCAAUUAUGUAUUAAUUCUAGAUCCGAUCAAAACCUUUAACAUGUACGUUCAGACAAAGGGUCGAGCCCGUUCCAAGGAUGCUAGUUUUGUCUUGUUUUCCUCUGAGCUGGACAAGGUUAAAAUUUCUCAGCAAAUUAGUCAAUAUCGCGAAGCCCACGCCGAUAUCUCUGCAUAUCUUAAGGAGCGUGUUUUAGAGCGAACUGAACCGGAAAUGUACGAGAUUAGUGAACACUUUCAUGAGAGUUUGCCACAUUUUAUCAAUGAGUUCGGAGCCGUUUUAUUGCCCAGCAAUGCCCUGAUCCUGCUCCAUCGCUAUUGCCAGACCAUGCCAUCGGAUGCCUUUGGGUUUGUAAUUCCGUGGAUCAAUUUAGUAGAAGAAGAAGAAAGCAUACGUCUUUUCGGUCAUUUUGCAAAAGGAAAAAAAGUAAUCUCCGUCAAACUGCCCUUGAAUUCCAGCCUAAAGGACACAAUUUACAGCGACCCCAUGGACUGCGUUAAGACCGCCAAGCUUUCGGCUGCAUUUAAGACAUGUAAGCUACUCUACGAAAUAGGGGAGCUGAACGAGAGAUUCCUACCCAAAACGAUUAGAGAGCGCGUUGCUGCUAUUGCUGACGUUCACUUCGAGCACUGGAAAAAGUACGGCGAUGAUGUAACUGCAACAAAGCAACAUGAUGAAAAGUUCCGCACAUACAAGACCGACUGCCCCGCAGAGUUCUUCGAUGCACGACCUCGGGUGGGCGAGGUAUGUUAUGCAUACGAGAUCUUCUUGGAGCCCAAGUUUGAGCGGUGUGACUACACGGAUCACAUGUAUAUAAACCUCCAGACACCGAGAAAUUAUGCCUUAUUGUUGCGAAACAAGCUUCCUCGUCUUGCGGAGAUGCCGCUGUUUAGCAAUCAAGGUAAACUGCAUGUCCGUGUUGCAGAUAACCCUCUAGAAGUGGUUAUAGAGGAAUCAGAUCAGUUGGAGCUUCUCCAUCAUUUUCAUGGCAUGGUGUUCCGCGAUAUGUUGAAAAUCUGGCAGCCGUUCUUUGUACUGGACCGACGCAGCAAAGAGAACUCUUACCUCGUAGUCCCCCUUACCCUGAAUGAGAAUCAACAGAAAUGCAUUGACUGGCACCUGGUAAGCAAGUUCCAGAGGUUACCCCAAGUCAAGAAGUUCAGCGUGCUGCAGCGCAAACAGCAACCUGCUCCCCGUCCCGAGGAUCUCGAGGGCAAAAUCGUGACCCAAUGGUAUGCAAACUACGAAGAAAAGCGAAUGCUUGUUACAAAGGUACAUCGGGAACUUACCCCGCUUAGCUUGAUGGAAGGGAGCAACCAAGAAAAAUCAUACUACGAAUUUACCAUGUCAAAGUACAGCAACCAUAUUGGGGAUGUUGUGCACAAAGACCAAUUUCUGAUCGAGGUCAGGGAACUUACGGAGCAGCUAAAUUUUUACGUCCAACAACGCGGUAAAUCCUCUGCUCAAAGCAAAGCCAGGGCAAAGGUUAUUCUGAUUCCAGAGCUUUGCUAUAAUUUUGAAUUCCCCGGAGAUCUUUGGAUUAAGCUGAUUUUCCUGCCCAGCAUUCUACGCCGCUUGGACUUUCUCCUCCACGCGGAGUCCUUGCGAAAGCGAUUCAAUACAUAUUUGGGACUUCAGCAACUGCCUCUGAACAGUGCGAAUUAUUGUCCCAAACCCAUAGAAAUUGAUUGGUCUCUAAAAAGGAAUGUCGAUACUCUGGGCAAUGCCAUACCCACUGACGAUGUCGAGGAGCCGCGAUCUCUUUUGGAACCGAUGCCCACAAAGUGCGUAGAGACGGCAAUGGAAAACCUGAAGAUAACAGACUUUGAAAAUCCCUGGCAGGAGUACAUGGAACCGGUGGAUCUGUCACGAAAAAUCAUGAACGCUUAUCCUGUGGAGCUGGACUACUAUUAUAAGUUCACUAUGGGUCAGGUUGCUCGGCUUGAUAAGGUCGAGUUCAAAGAUAAAGAGUACUGGGCAGAGACUCAAUUCCAUAUGCCCAAAGGUAAUAUCUAUGAGUACAGAACUCCGGCCAAAGCAGGAGAUAAUCUCCGGGCUCUAAUGCCCGCAAUCCCGACCGUUCGUGGUUCAGUGAACACACUGCCCAUACUGCAAAAAACAAUUUCCAAAGAACACAUUACGCCCGCGGAGCAGGCAGAUUUUCUGACCGCAAUCACUUCCUCGGCCAGCGCGGAUGUGUACGACAUGGAGCGCUUCGAGAUGCUUGGUGAUUCCUUUCUCAAGUUAAGUGCCACGCUCUACUUGGCCAACAAGUAUCCGGAUUGGAACGAAGGUACCCUCACACAGGUUAAAUCCAAGCUUGUGUCAAAUAGGAAUUUGCUAUACUGUCUCAGCGAAACGGACAUACCCAGGAAAAUAAGCAACAUACUGUUUACUCCUCGUUACACAUGGAUUCCACCCAGCGUUAGUUUACCCCACAAUGUGCUGUCAUUGUGGAAUGAAAAGCCAGAAUUGGCGCAACUAGUGGGUCCGCACAAUCUGCGUGAUCUUGCGCUUGGUGAGGAGGAGUCGCUGAUCAAGGGAAACUGCAGCGACCUUAACUAUCGCAACUUUAUCGAUGGCUGCCAAUCAAAUCUUUAUUCCCAUCACGCUCGCUCAGAUUUUUCCACCGAAGUAAACUUCUGCGUGGGCCUGGCAAAGAUUGCCGACAAGGUGGUAGCUGAUACUCUAGAGGCACUUCUUGGCGUGAUCGUAAAAAGCUAUGGACUGCAGCAUGCUUUCCGGAUGCUUGAAUACUUUGGCAUUUGCCGGGCUGACAUUGGCAAGCCUCUUACCCAGUUGUUGGACCUCAAAUUGAGCGGCGAAAAGAUGCGGGCAAACGUGAACACUACCGAAAUCGACGGCUUUCUUAUUAAUCACACUCAUCUAGAGCAAAAUCUGGGCUACACGUUCAAGGAUCGGGGUUACCUUCUUCAGGCCCUUACUCAUCCAUCGUAUCCCACAAAUCGUAUUACUGGGUGCUACCAGGAACUGGAGUUUAUAGGUGAUGCCAUACUAGACUUUCUUAUCUCCGCUUAUAUUUUUGAGAACAACACGAAAAUGAACCCUGGCGCGUUGACAGAUUUACGCUCCGCUUUGGUCAAUAAUACGACUCUGGCCUGUAUUUGUGUGCGACAUAAGCUGCAUUACUUUAUCCUGUCAGAAAAUGCAUUGCUCUCCGAGUCCAUAUCAAAAUUCGUACAAUUCCAGGAAAGCCAGAGGCACAGGGUCACCAACCAUGUACGUAUCCUGCUCGAGGAAGCCGACAUUAUUCAGUCUACUUCGCUGGAAUUAGAUGACGAAGUGGAUAUGAGGGAGUUAAAGGAGGCAUUGAAUGCAAUUGACAGCAAGCCAAGUACUCCGCCAAAGGGUGACUUCAACAUGUCGAUGAACGUGGAUGUCCCAAAGGCUUUGGGCGACGUUCUAGAAGCUCUGAUUGCAGCCAUUUACCUGGACUGCCGAGAUCUCCAACGCACUUGGGAAGUGAUCUUCAAUCUUUUUGAGCCGGAGCUUAAAGAGUUUACGCGCAACGUUCCUAUCAAUCCUAUCCGCCAGAUUUCUGAGCACAAGCUGGCCAAUCCUGUCUUCAGCUCACCUGUUAUCGACCAGGACAAGGUGAUGAUUAGUUGUCAAUUCACCUGCAUGGAGAAAUCGAUCAAGGUAUAUGGAUUUGGCAACAAUAAGAGCCAGGCCAAAUUGGCAGCUGCCAAGCAUGCUCUCCAGAAGUUGAGCAAAUGUGACGCCUAAGAUGAUAUUACCCCAACAAUCUUGUUUUCCGUUUUACUUUUAGCGGAUUUUUUUGAAACUGCAUUGCUUUUGUUAUACGGUUUUGAAAAAAUCUUCUCAAAGUGCAAUGAAAAACAAUUUUGGUAAAGUUUUUGAUUGCUUUUAUAAUUGACAGAUAGCAUCGAAUUUAAAAAUAUUAAUAAUUCUUCCAUUUCAUUUUAAACGAUAUGUAGACACUUUUUACUCAUAAAGCAGUGUUUUGAUUUAUAUGACUUAAAUUUAAUUUUAAAUAAUUUCUUACAUUUUUUUCCUGUCAAACAAAUUUUUAAGCUCUAUACACAGAGAUAAUAUUUUGAAACAAGUAUUAGUGUAUGUACUGUUUUUACUCGCAAAUUUCGAAAUUUGUUUUGUUAUUUGUUAGAAACGAAAUCUAAGACUACCCGAAAUUAAAAACUCGUUUCUCUAGAUCAAUAAAUAAAAAUUUCCAUACAAUAUUA